AUGUCCAGAGAUCGCCGUAUAUUGAAAGAGCUUAAGGAUAUUGAACUUGAUCAUGACAACUCGGGUGUAAAUGCGACUCUUGCUUCCGACGGGGUCAUGACACGCCUCAAAGGGACAUUUCCUGCUCCUCCAGACACGCCUUACUCUGGGGGUACCUACACGGUCGACAUUCAGAUCCCUGAUCAAUAUCCAUUCAAGGCACCAAAGAUGACGUUUGACACAAAGAUUUGGCACCCCAAUGUCAGCAGUCAGACGGGCGCUAUCUGUCUCGACACACUCAGCUCCAACUGGUCUCCCGUCCAGACCAUCAAAACCGCUCUUCUCUCCCUUCGAAUGCUUCUCGAAUGUCCAAACCCAAAAGAUCCCCAAGACGCAGAGGUUGCAAAGAUGAUGAUCGAAAGUCCUGAACGGUUCGCUGUCAAGGCCCACGACUGGGCAGUUCAAUACGCUGGAGCUCCACGAAAAGAGGUCGAUCUCAGUCAAUACAAACAAGAAGGCGCUCCUGAGACUCCCAAAGCUGAUCCCGCCCGGUAUAUGGGAUACAAUAAGGACCUCGUUGAGAGGUUCGUCAGCAUGGGCUUUGCUCUCGACAGUGUCGUUGAGGCCUUCAUUGCUAUCGGCAUUGAGCGUAACGGGGGACGGGACUACGUAUUGGAGGAGGCAUACAUGGGCGACAUUGUCGCCAGACUCCUCGGCGAGCAAUAA